UGCUUCAGUAUAACCCUUGCUUGGGUAUGACUCAUACUGUACCUGUCUCCUUCUGUGAGAUAUAACCCCUUCGUUUCUACUCCUCUCUUCCUCCUCCUCCAGACCUGCCUGACUUCGCCCGCUUCCACCUGAAACUCCGCCCCGUCUUUAGACGGCCUAUCAGGAGCGACGGAGAUGAAACCUGAUGGGGUUGCCACGGCUGCUAUGGAGCCAAUGGAAGUGCAGCCCCCGGAGGUGGAGCCUAACCAGGGGGCGGGGCCUGACACCCAGCCGGAGGAGAUGAUUGGCCAGCACGGGGAGGCGGGGCAGGGGGAGCCGCAGCCUGAGCCAACCAAGGAGAGUUCUCCCUCCAAAACAGGAAGUAACAAGACCAAGCCUGGUGCCCCAGCCACCUCCAAGCCCCGCCCCUCUCCAGCCCAGGGCCGACCCACCAAUGGCGUCUCCAAGCCCCCGACUAAUGGCGUGGCCAGGAAGAGCAUGGCCUCCACAGCACCAGAGAAGAAGAGCCCCGCCUCCACCACAGCCAGACGCCCCGCCUCCAACAGCGCAGUCAAAGCAACAGGGCCAACAGCCAAUAGGAAGACUCCGGCUCCACCUACUAACGGCGUCAAAACCGCCGCUGCUCCAAAGAAGCUAGCAGCUGCCACAAGGCCCUCCUCCUCACCCAAGACUGACAAGCCCCCGGUUACCAAGACAACCAGCAGGCCUUCCACAGCCACUACACCCACCCGCCCAGCCUCCGCCAAGACCACCACACCCACGGCCAAGACGGCCACGCCCAAGACAACCACCCCCAGACCAGCCUCCACCACCCCCAGACCAGCCUCCACCACCCCCAGACCAGCCUCCACCACCCCCAGACCAGCCUCCACCACCACGCCCUCUGCUGGUCGCACCCCCACAUCACAGACUAAAACCCCUGUGAAGAAGGACGUCCCCAAACCUUCCACCCCGGCUGCCAAGAAGUCCACACCCGCCCCUCUCAGCCGCCCCUCCACAGCCAAGACCUCCAAACCCGACACACCCAAGGUAGUCGCUGCCGCCAAGCCAGACACCACUCCCAAGAAGCCUGUGGGGGUCAGUAAGGCUGCCCCCCCGAAGGCCAAGCCCCCUGCCCCCAAAGAGGGAGGCCCAAAGCCCCUGGCCUCCAGGCCCUCGGCCCCCAAGGCCUCCAGCCCCAAGAAGGCUGUUGGUAGCAGCACUCCCAUGCCUGUGAAGCGGGGGCCCAAACCCACGCCGGCCUCCGAGCCUUGCCCAGAGGAGGCGGGGUCAGGAGGGUGAGGC